AUGAGCGGCUCUUUCGAUAAGAAGCUCUCCAGCAUCCUGACGGACCUCUCGGGCUCGCUGAGCUGCCAUGCAGCCUCCAAGGACUCUCCCACCCUGCCCGAGUCCUCGGUCACCGACCUGGGCUACUACACGGGCCAGCACGACUUCUACCCGGGCCAGUCGUACGGGCAGCCCGUGGGCCACUACCCCUACCCGCAGUUCAACCUCAACGGCAUCGGGGCCGCGGGCACCUACUCGCCCAAAUCCGAGUAUUCCUACAGCCCCUCGUACCGCCAGUACGGGCACUUCAGGGAGCAGCAGCUCCCGGCGCAGGAGGCAGUGUCCGUGAAGGAGGAGCCGGAGCCCGAGGUGCGGAUGGUCAACGGGAAGCCCAAGAAGAUCCGCAAGCCCCGCACCAUCUACUCCAGCUACCAGCUGGCCGCCCUGCAGCGCCGCUUCCAGAAGGCGCAGUACCUGGCACUGCCCGAGCGCGCCGAGCUGGCGGCACAGCUGGGGCUCACCCAGACCCAGGUGAAGAUCUGGUUCCAGAACCGGCGCUCCAAGUUCAAGAAGCUCUACAAGAACGGCGAGGUGCCCCUGGAGCACAGCCCCAACAACAGCGACUCCAUGGCCUGCAACUCCCCUCCGUCCCCGGUGUGGGACAGCCCCGGCGCCGCCCGGACCCCGCUGCCGCAGCCGCUGCCCUACAGCUCCUCGCCGGGCUUUUUGGAUGAGCACAACCCCUGGUACCACCCCCAGAGCCUCAGCGGCCCCCACGGACCCCCCCAGGCCCAGGCGGCGCCCCCAAUGCACCACCCGUCCCCCGGGCCCCCCAGCACGGGCGCCGUGUACUGA